AUGGCUCCCCCGGAGAUCAAGGUCAACGACCUGACCUACAAAUUCCCCAACUACCCAACCGGCAUACGCAACAUCUCGCUCUCGGUGCCCCCCCGCAGCCGCACGCUCCUCAUCGGCGCCAACGGCGCCGGCAAGACCACGCUCCUGCGCCUGCUAGCCGGCAAGCGCCUCGCGCCGAGCGGCACCAUCAACGUCUCGGGCGUGGACCCCUUCAAAGACGGCCUCGAGGGCGUGACGUACCUCGGCCUAGAAUGGGUGCUGAACCCGAUCGUGCGGACCGACAUCGGCGUGUCCGAACUCCUACGUUCGGUGGGCGGGGACGCGUACCCGGCGCGGCGCGACGAGCUGGUGGGGGUCCUGGACAUCGACGUGCGGUGGCGCAUGAGCGCCGUCAGCGACGGCGAGCGGCGCCGCGUGCAGCUGGCGAUGGGGCUCGUGCGCCCCUGGACGGUCCUGCUGCUCGACGAGAUCACCGUCGACCUCGACGUGCUGUCGCGCGCCGAGUUCCUCGCCUGGCUCAAGCGCGAGACGGAGAUCCGCGAGUGCACUAUUGUCUACGCCACGCACAUCCUCGAUAACUUGGCUGGUUGGCCUACUCAUCUUGUUCAUAUGCACCUCGGCCGCGUUCGCGAGUGGGGCACCGCCGAUCGGUUCUUGGGCGAGACGGCUGCGCUGGAGAGCACGGGGAAUAGCCGUCUUGGUGAGCUGGUGCUCGGGUGGUUGAGGAAGGAUCUGGAGGAGAGGGGCCCGCGGAAUCAGAACAGUAUGGGUACUGAGGGCAUGACGUACUCCGUUGGGGGGCUUGGCGGGUAUGGCCUUGAGCAUAAGGAUUAG